AUGACUCCCGGCUCAUCGGAGGGUCCGAGUUUUGGAUCGCCAGGGAUCAUUCGGAGACCUCCGUCAGAGAAGAGACCCAGAAGAAAUGGUUAUGAAACCUUCCCAACAGUUCAAAAACCAAUAGAUCGGCGGAAAUCCGAUGUAAAACACAAAACUUCCAAACGGCCAGCGCCACCUCCUGAAUCGGAUAACGACGAUGUCCCUUCCACAUCAUCCGCACCGGUCAAGCCUAAAAAGAAGAAAGAGAAGCAAGAGCCAAGAUACGAUACGUCUACUUCCACAAUACCAUUCACCCAGAUGGCCAGCAGAUAUGAUAUGGACGCUGAUAGUGACACAGAGCUGGCUGAUUGUCUUCCAUUCGCUUAUAUCGGUGAUAAAUGGCGUACAGAAUACAGUCGUGGAGUGCCGAUCCCAUGCGAGACUACUCUGCCACGUGCGGUUGUUAUGGAUGACGGCUUCGUUUUGAAGCCAAAAGACGACUAUCGACAUCCGGUGAAACGAAUCGCUUGUUCUGAUCGAGCAGAGUAUUUUGAUGAGGAGAGAUUCGAGCUUUUGGAGGGAGAAGAAGAAGAAAAAGUGCAUUAUGAAGUGACGGCGCACGAUUUGAAGUGGUUGGAGAGAUUGAAUAAGGCCCGAAAACAAUCAAAUGGCAAGACCUACCUCCCCACCACAGUGUUCUCCAAAAUCAUGGAAAUUCUGGAGACCCAAACGUACACUGCAAUCCACAAGCAACUUCUGAACUCUCUGCAUGUCUGCGUCUCCUCUCCACGCGACGACGACGAAUGUGACGUUUGUCGAGACGUCGACACAGAUGGAUCAGAGGAAAUGAUCUAUUGUGAUAGUUGUAACAUUUGUGUCCAUGAGACGUGCGGGGGCGUUAAGACAGUUCCAACGGGAGGAUGGAAAUGUUUGAAAUGUCGAUUUUCGAGACAAGGACCGGCUCCAAAAUGCAUAUUUUGCCCGGCUCUAGGGGGCUCAAUGACCCAUUCGGCGGAUAAAAAGCUCUGGGCACAUCACUCGUGUGCUCUGUUCGUUAAACAGAUUGAAUUCGAGGAUGCAGAGGACCGGGCACCCAUUAAAUUUGUGGAGAAGGUCGAGGAGCAUCAGUACAGGGAGAAGUGCUGUGUGUGUGACACCAAACAGGGCGUCUGUGUCAAAUGUAGUGAUGAGGAGUGUGAAAUGACGUUCCAUGUGUGUUGUGCGUUGAGAGCAGGAUGUCAGGUUGUCGUUAAGGAGUUUGAAGUGAAUUGUGAAGAGAAUUUCGCAUAUUUUCACCUUUUUCGGGAAUUUUCUAUGAAAAUUCUUUUUUUCCAGAAACUCGACCACUCAGGAAUGGAUUAUAUCCAUAAAUGUCACCGUCACUCGGAACCAGAGAACAAUCGUCGAUUGGCAAUUGAGGACGAGUGGCUGGAGUACCGUAAUCCAUGGUUGGCCAAGUUGGAGAGCUUCUUCUAUGGAUUCGUUAACUAUGUGGAUGUUUCCAUCAGCACGAGCCUCCCUGAAUUCCUGAUUGCUGACGCCUUCGAGUACUGGAAGCAGAAACGUCUGGACGCCGGUGGCCCGCUCAUCAGAAACCUCUCAGACUUGAUUCCGGUACCCACAACUAUAGAAGACGUGGCACGACGGGCGAUGGAGACUCAACAGAAUCGAGCGAGCAUCUCGAUUGGAACCGUUGGAAUGGCCCUGAAGCCCUCGACGUCUUCUGAUCCUUCAGGUCCAUCCACAUCGACAGCGACGACGUCGUCAGGUCCUGAGACAAGUGGAUCUGGAUUACGUGGCGCUGAGCACCAAGAGAAUCAUCCGUUUUUUCGGCCGGCGGUCCUAAUGGUCAACGAACUACGUCACAUCCACCUAAAGAGGGCCGCUAAUGCCAUGAAACGUGACAUAAUGCUGAGCAAGAUGGUGAUGAGACGAGAGGGGCUGAAUGUGAAGCUGGCUGAAGCGUCGUUGGAGACGAUUCGCAUUGCUCAGAUGAUGUUUGAGACUGGGGAGGAAUCGUUGGAAGAGAUUCAGAAGGCGUUUGACUUUGAGAGCAUGUCUAAGAACCAAUUGAAACGGGCAGCAGAGCCAGAGAGGUUCAAAGCGUUUUUGGAGAGAAUUGGAGGGGUUCAGAGGCCUCAGAAGGCUCCCAGAACCUCUGGAGACCAUCAAAAUGCUCAAAAAGCCACUCAGAAGACGUCAGGAGGGUUUCAGAAGCAACAGCUUCCGAAGACGUCUCCUGAAAAAUCUCCACUUCGUCGUCAAAAUCACAAUUCCUCACCGUCAAAGCCAAGGAGUUCUGAAGCAGUUCGCCCAGGAACGUCUGGUACCCCCUUCCGCCCCACGUCUUCUGCGUCAGACGCUCAGAAUCGUCCAACGUCUUCUGGAACGUCUUCUAUUGCUGCCUCACCGGACCAUCCGCACAACACACGCCACAAGCAUAAUCGAAUCACGACACCGUGGAAUUAUGAUCAGAACCAUAAUAAUAAUAAUAAAUCGAUGACGUCUUCAGGAUCCCACCAUCGUCGUUCAACGUCUUCUAAAAAUCAGGACUUCUUAGCCUCUCCGGCAUCCGGACCAUCGACGUCUUCGCGUUUUCAUUGA